AUGUAUCAGCAAUCAUCGUCAUCAUCAUCUGGUGAUACUGCAACAAAAAUUCAAAGUACAUUUCAUAAUCAUCCGGCUCGAAUGAGAUUAAAAAAUCGAACAGCAUGGAAAAUACAUGAAAAACUCGAGUAUUCUAGUGAACAAACUGAGGAAAAACUUAGAGAUAUGUUUGAAAAAUUACUUAAAGCAUCUGAUACACUUUCACCAUCUGUUACAAAAUUACUUCAAACAGCUGGAUUACCUAUUGAAGAAAAAGAACUUUUAAAAUUAACAAAUCCUGAUAAUAUUCAAGUUGAGUCUAAUUAUCGAGGUCCACAUAUCAAAAGUCCUAUUACAAGAAGUACAUUUGUUGAUUUGAUUGAAGCUUUUCAAAAAGGACAAGUUUUACAUGAAAAAUAUGUUUAUGUAAUUCUUCAUCAAGUCCGUACUAUACUUAAAACAUUACCAAAUGUUAAUCGUAUUGACUUAUCUAAUUUACAUCAUAUAUUUAUUAUUGGUGAUCUUCAUGGACAAUUAGCUGAUUUAUUACAUAUAUUUAAUGCGAAUGGAUUACCUGCAAUUGAUAAUCCAUAUAUAUUCAAUGGAGAUUUUGUAGAUCGAGGUCCGAAUUCAGUUGAAGUUAUUCUUUUACUUCUAGUUGCUUUGAUUCUCUAUCCAAGUUCAGUAUUUCUUAAUCGAGGUAAUCAUGAAGAUUAUAUGAUUACACUUCGAUAUGGUUUUGAACGUGAAAUUAGUCGAAAAUAUGUAAAAUGUAAAACACGAUUAUUCGAUCUAUUUAAAGAUAUAUUUAGUUGGUUACCAAUUUAUUCAUCUGUUGACACAGGAAAAUCUAAAUUGAUGAUAGUUCAUGGAGGAAUAUCUGAUCGUAUUCAAUUAUCACAAAUAAAUUCUCUUGCAAGAAAUCGGUAUAUUUCACUUAGUAUACGACCAACAUCAAAAAAUGUUGGUGAACAGUUGACUAAAAAUGAAGAAGAUGAAUAUCUUCAAAUGCAAGAUUUAUUAUGGUGUGAUCCUGAUCCUGAAGAUCGUCCAGGUUGUCGAAUCAAUGAUGGUAGACGUAUGGCUUGUUUUUUUGGUCCGGAUAUAACAGAACAAUUUCUUAGCAAAAAUCACUUUUCAAUGCUUAUACGUUCACAUGAAGUUAAAGAAAGAGGUUAUGAAUUUGAACAUAACAAUAAAGUUUUAACUGUUUUCAGUGCAACGAAUUAUAAUGGUGGAUCCAAUUUGGGUGCUAUUGUACGAUGGGAUUAUCAGAUAGAAGAGCCAUGGAUUAUGUCAUAUACAUUUCAAGAUAUUGCUCCAAUUGAAAAAUUAAAUUUUAAUAAACAAAUAACAUUAUUUGAAGAUCCAGUUUAUCAAACAUUAAUGGAGAAAAUUGUGGCAAAGAAAAGUUUACUUGAAAAAGAAUUUGAAAGAUCAGAUAGAAAUCAAACUAAUCAUAUAUCUUCGAGAGUUUGGGCCGAUAUAAUGAAAAAUGUUCUUCAAAUUGAUUUACCUUGGCUUACUUUACGUGCAAAAUUUGUAAAAGAAGAUACACAAGGAAUUCUCUAUAAUACGAUGUUUGAAGAAUAUACUUUAGAUAAUAUGAAAUUUCAAAAGUCUCAUGCAGGUAUUAUGGAAGAUUUAUAUAUAUCAAAAGAUGUACUUAUGGCAUUAUUUAAUUUAAUUGAUUCCGACCACACAGGUUUUAUAAGUCGUAAUGAAUUUUCUACUGUUAUGAAACUUUUACUUGAUGGUAAAAAUUGUAUCGGUGAUGUACACCAAGCAUAUAUUGAAGAACUCACUUGUGCAAUGGAUUUUGAUAAAAAUGGAAAAAUUGAUAUUAAUGAAUUUCUCGAGAGUUUUCGUAUUGUCAAUGUGAAGAAACCAGGAAAUUAA